AUGGUGGCCCCUCUGAUGUUUCAGAGAAAGUAUGAUAGCAUCUUCAUCCAAGCAUCACAGUACACCAACGUCAACAUCCAGAAUGGGGAGAUUAAUACAGAUAAGACCCUUUCGAUAGGACAAUCCAUGGAGGUUCGAUAUCACUUCCCAGAUGCUGUGACUAUCAAGGCUGACCAUGGCGUUCAGGUCCUCAUGCUCUUCAAUGGUGCCAAACUGCAUAAUCACCGGAUCUAUGACAAUUUCCUGCUGACGAUCCUGCCAACAGAGAUCCUCUGCUCUUCCUACUCAUUAGUUGACAAUAAUCUAUGGAGCCUACCACUUACCUUGAAUGAGGGGAAAUUGCAACUCUUUCAGGGUGGUCGCUCAAUUUUAAUCCAGACAGACUUUGGUCUGUUGGUACGCUAUGACUGGAUAAGCCUUCUGGUCGUGAGUUUGCCUCCUUCCUUUGCUGGAAAGACUUGUGGACUUUGUGGCAACUUCAACGGAGAUCCUAAAGAUGAUUUAACCACAAGUGAGGGCACACAGGCAGCUGGAGUGCUGGCGUUUGGGGCGAGCUGGAAGGUUCCAGGUCUAGUGAAGGAUGACAGGUGUACAGAUGAUUGUGUGGGUGGGUGUAAGAGUUGCACUAGUCAACAGAUGAAGCAGUGGGAAGUGGAUUCAUCUUGUGGGCUGAUGGCUCUUGUUAAAAAGGGACCAUUUAGUAAGUGUCAUGCUGCUGUUGACCCUGUGCCAUACAUGGAUAACUGUAAAUUUGACCUUUGUAUGAACAACGGGCUGAAGUAUUUCCUUUGCAAAUCAUUGGAAUCUUAUGCUGAAAGCUGCCAGGAAGCUGACAGUCACGUCGAUGAUUGGAGGAAACUUGCAAAGUGCCCUUAUAAAUGUCAAUCCAACAGUGUGUACCAGCAGUGUGGCAGUGCUUGUCCUGCCACUUGUUCCAACCCUAACCCCAUAUGCAACUUGCCCUGCAUGGAGACGUGCACCUGCAACAAAGGCUUUGUUCUGAUUGAUGGAGAGUGUCAGCCUGUUGAGAACUGUGGCUGCACACACGAGGGUCACUACCUGGCUCCGGGCCAGUCCUACUGGGCGGACAACAAGUGUCAGAAACGCUGCACCUGUAAUGCAAACACCAGGAAAGUUGAAUGCAAGGCUGUAGGUUGCAAGACUGGCACACUGUGCCAGGUGCUCAAAGGAAUCAAGGACUGUCACCCUAUCUCCCACGGCAAGUGCAGGGCGACAGGGGAUCCCCACUAUGUGACUUUUGACAAGAAGAAGUUUGACUUCAUGGGGACAUGUGUAUACCAAAUGGUGAAACACUGUAUGGGUACUGAUCUGGUGCCAUUUGAGGUGCUGGUGCAGAACGACCAUCGGGGCAGCAAUGUGGUCUCCUAUACCAAGAUGGUGGAGGUCAAGGUUUACUCCCUAUCCGUUGUCAUUAGUAGGACUUAUCAGGGAGUAGUCAUGGUUGAUGGUGAGCUGGCUAACCUGCCGUUAUCUCUGGCUGGAAACCGUGUGUCUGUGUACAAGAGUGAGUUCAAAUGUCCGGCUAACAGCCGCUAUGAAACGUGUGCGGCAGUCUGUCCUGCCACCUGCCAGACCAACCUAGCCAGCCUUGGCUGUGAUGAACCCUGCAGGGAGGGCUGUGUCUGUGAGGAGGGCUUCGUCCUGAGUGGGGAGCACUGCGUGCCCGUAUCACAGUGUGGCUGUGUUGAUGGAGACCGCUACUACACCCUCAACCAAGUUUUCUACCCCAAUGGAAAGUGUGACAAGGAAUGCAAGUGUAACGCAGACGGAGAGUUGGAGAAGGGCAAGCGUCAAUGCCGAGCUGUUGGAGUGGGAAUCUGCCAACGCUCUGGGGAUCUCCACUACCGCUCAUUCGAUGGGCGAGUGUUCAACCUACAGGGAACCUGCACCUACACGCUUUCCAAGACAAACCUGAUGAAGGGCACGCGCCUGGUGCCCUUCACUGUCUUGGCAGAGAAUUAUAACCAGAAGAGCUCCGUCACCAAGGGGGUUACCCUGGAUGUCUAUGGCUUCAAUCUGGUCUUGAGGAACACCGUGUCUGGAGUUUUGGUGAGCAGAGCCAUCUGUGAUUCUCCGGAAUGGAGAGUGCUGUAUUAUGGAAUGGAGAGUGCUGUAUAG